AUGCUGGAGUACAUCUCCAAAGCCAUUCUGGAAGAUCCCGGCCUGCCUCGGAAAAAACCAACCGUGUCAUCCUGGCAAAUACCAGAGCAUCCUGCCGUGGCAUCUAUUCAGUCUACGACGCUCCCGGAAUUCACAGAUGUUGUUGUUAUCGGGUCGGGCAUCACAGGGUGUAGUGUCGCCAAGACCUUUCUAGAACACGAGGCAACACGCGGUUUCCAUGUGACAGUCCUAGAAGCGCGAACUCUUGUGAGCGGCGCCACAGGCCGCAACGGUGGGCAUCUGGUCACAGCAUCAGGGCACACGUUUGGGCCGCUGGCUGAACAACAUGGGAUUGAGGCUGCGAAGGAGGUGACAAGAUUCAGUCUUCUCAACAUCGAAGCAAUCAUGAAGAUGAUCCGAGAGAUGGGCCAAGAAUUCCAAGAUCAUUGCCAGUUGCGAGAUGUGUUGAAGGUAAUGGCAGUGGGAGACGAACAGACUUGGGCAAAUGCAACUCGUUCUGUUCUCGAUUUCCAAAAGAAUGUAACGGAGUAUAACAAGUAUCAUACCAUUGUCGAAAAACACGCGGUUCCUGAGAGGUGGAAUAUCAAGAACAGCGCUGGGGCCGUUGAGCAUAACGCUGGGGCGGUCUGGCCGUACAGGCUGAUAACUGGAAUCUUCGAGCGUUUACUACAGAAGUAUCCCAGUAGAUUGGCUAUUGAGACCCAUACACCUGCCACAGCUGUGCAUCAUCUGCCAAAGGACAAGGAUUACCCUUACAGGAUCACGACACCUAGAGGAACAAUCAAAGCAAAGCGUGUGAUUCAUUGCACCAAUGGACAUGCCUCUCAUCUUCUACCGAAACUGGCAGGCCGCAUCUAUCCCUUCCGCGGGACAAUGAGUGUACAGAAACCGGGCCCCUUCCUUAAGAGCGGCGGAGGAUCCAGAUCUUGGAGUCUCUCGCACAAGCCGUCCUUAGAUCCACGGACCGGUAUGUAUAUCACGGGUUUGUAUUAUUUACAAGAAAACCCCUUGACUUCACGAAUAUGGAUCGGGAAUGAGACGGCAUAUCUCAAAAACAUACUCACCUCAGAUGAUACAUACGUACCUGAUGAAGCACGCGCCGCUCUUUCAACGAUCCUACCGAAGCUGUUCUUAAAAGGCUGGGGAAACGAGGAGAAAGCCGAAAUCGAGUCUAUUUGGUCUGGAACCCAAGGCCACACUGCAGAUAACCUCCCUGUCGUUGGUAAAAUACCUGCCUCUUUGACUAGCGGCGCGACAGAUAGUGAGCAAUGGAUUGCUGCCGGCUUCAACGGAUACGGUAUGGAUAAAUGCUGGCUGACAGCAGAGGCCCUGGUGCGAAUUAUGCUUGGGGAAGACGUGAGAGAGUGGUUUCCGCAAUGCUUUCUCCUCACGGAGGACCGACUCAAAAGCACAUUGACGCCGGAGGAGACAGUAUCGAAAUUUUCUAGCAUUCCACCUCCUGAUGAUAUUAGACAGGCAAAGCUAUAG